CCUGCGUGCUGGAACUGUCACGGCGCUUGUGUGUCUCGCGGGAUCUCAGCUCACUGGGCGAGAUCUCGAAACUCCAGUAAGAGCUCGCGAGAACAGAAAAAAGGCGAGAGAAGGAUCCCGGAAGUGUGGCGGCUUUGGAGGCCGAGCCGCGUCGCCGUCGUGCGUGGAGGCCGCUGGCGGGAUGUUGACGACCCGGCUGAAAGCACAGACAGAGGGGAAGCUUGCAAAACAGAUUUGCAAAAUUGUGUUGGAUCAUUUUGAAAAGCAGUAUUCCAAAGAACUUGGAGAAGCCUGGAAUAAAGUAAGGGAUAUCCUAAUAUCUCCCUCAUGCUGGCAAUAUGCUGUCCUGCUCAACAGAUUCAAUUACCCUUUUGAACUGGAAAAGGAUUUACAUUUGAAAGGCUAUCACAAGCUCUUUGAAGGAUCUUUUCCCUAUUCUCCUAAAUCAAUGAAGUGUUACCUUAGCAGAACUCCAGACCGGAUGCCUUCAGAAAGACAUCAAAUUGGAAAUCUGAAAAAAUACUAUCUUUUAAAUGCUGCUUCUCUUCUCCCAGUACUGGCUCUGGAAGUACAGGAUGGGGAGAAGGUUCUGGAUUUGUGUGCUGCUCCUGGCGGGAAAUCAGUGGCGCUACUACAGUGUGCUUAUCCAGGUUAUCUUCAUUGUAAUGAAUAUGAUAAUCUGAGAUUGAGAUGGCUAAAGCAGACAUUAGAAUCUUUCAUCCCGCAGCCCGUGAUAAAUGCAAUUAAAGUGUCUGCGUUGGAUGGCAGAGACAUAGGAGAAGCUCAGCCUGAGAGGUUUGACAAGGUGUUAGUUGAUGCUCCGUGUUCAAAUGAUCGAAGUUGGUUGUUCUCUUCGGAUUCACAAAAGGCUGCUUAUAGGAUAAGUCAGAGAAGGAGUUUGCCUGUUCUACAAAUGGAACUCUUGAGGUCUGCAAUUAAGGCUUUACGCCCCGGAGGGUUACUUGUGUACUCUACAUGCACACUUUCCAGGGCGGAAAAUCAAGAUGUAAUCAAUGAAAUUCUAAACUCCCACAGUAACAUUAUGCCUAUGGACCUUAAAGGAAUAGCAAGGACUUGCUUCCAAGACUUCACAUUUGCUCCCACUGACCAGGAAUGUGGGCUAUUGGUGAUUCCAGAUGAGGGCAAAGCCUGGGGCCCAAUGUAUGUAGCCAAACUAAAGAAAACAUGGAAUACAGCCAAAUGGUGACAUGAAUUUUUAAAACAUGUUAAUAUAUUAUCAUCAUAUUUAUUAUCCUGCAAUCUUUACAUGUUAAUAUUUAAAUAAUUUUACAGCCAUUUUUCUUGCUUGGAAUCCUGUUUAGUUAGUACACUGGAAUGCAGGCUUAAGUAUUUUUCAGGUGGAUUUUCUUAGAAAUCUAUGUGUAGCAAUGAAUUCAGGUGGUGCAGAUGGUGUUUGUUUUAUAUAAUAAAUCUGCUGUCUUUUACUUGGCA